CAACAUCAUUGAAAAAGCAAAAAAGCAGUAGUAGAAGCUUGGCCUGCUUUCUCUUUACAGAAGAAAGUGAGAAAACCCCAAUCCCAAGCUUCUUUCUCAUCAUUCUCUCCGUCCUAUUCCAAAACUAUCUGUUGCAUUUAAAUAUCCUGUACUUGUUUUCACUUCAUCACACCCACAAUCUCAAUCUCGAGAUUUGAAUGGGAUGGGAGGAAACAGAAACCUUUCCUGAUUAAUACCUGUCCAUGUUUCAGUGAUUAAUCGCCUGUUUUUAGCCCUUUCUUCUGACAUCUCCCAUCUUCUCGGCAAUCUGGAGUUUCUUUCAGGCUGAAAAUUUCUCACUAGGACAUGAAAUUGAAAUAUUCAGUAGGAGUAUGUUAGUUUUUCUCGAAGAGAUUUGAAUGAUUCGGAUCUUGGCAGAGAUCAUCAGUAUAUGUUUAUAUAACUUUUGUCUGCUUGUCAAUUGCGUCAUUUAAGAUGUUCUGCCCCAAUUGUCUUCGAUUUUGAAAAGUUAGGUCUUCUCUUAGAUUAUUCGAUGGUGGAAGUGGUGACGGCCGCUAAAGACUAUAGUAAAAGAUAGGGUUCUGAUUCCUUUAAACGAGUGUGUUCACGAUUUAACGCUGAAAUUGCCAUUGUUAAACCACCCCACGAUCUCCAUAAAUUCUCGCCUCUCAACGUAAGAGAAUAUAGGUAACAUUUCCUCUUGUUUCUUUUGGGGCCUGAGAUGGAGAUUCUAUCUCCGGCGACGUCUCCUUCUUCAUAUAUAUCGAGCUCAAUAUGGUUGUCUGAAGAAAGCAGCACAUGGACCGCUGCUGAGAACAAGGCCUUCGAGAACGCUCUUGCUCUGUACGACAAGGACACGCCGGACCGGUGGCGGAAGGUGGCCGCUAUGGUCCCGGGAAAGACGGUGUUGGAUGUCAUGAGGCAGUACAAAGAAUUGGAGGAUGAUAUCAGUAGCAUAGAGGCCGGGUAUAUGGACUUGAUUCCAUUUCCGGCUUAUGAUAACACAUCCAGUCCAACCACUUCUUCACCUCUUACAUUUUUUGAGAAACAGUGUCUUGCUGCCGCCAGUGGGAAGAGAUCCAUGUCUAGCAGGCAGCCGGAGCAUGAACGGAAGAAGGGUAUACCCUGGACCGAGGAAGAACACAAGUUGUUCUUGCUGGGACUGAAGAAGUAUGGGAAAGGAGACUGGAGAAACAUUGCUCGCAACUUCGUCAUCACCAGAACGCCAACCCAAGUCGCCAGCCAUGCCCAGAAGUAUUUCAUUCGCCAGAUUUCUGGUGGGAAAGACAAAAGGAGAGCCAGCAUUCAUGACAUAACCAUGGUUACUCUUAACGAAAAUCCUCCACCUGCUACGUCCUCGGCUGAUACCAAGAACCAUCAUGGUUCAACAUACCAGCCAAUCAUGGCUACUCAACACCAGAAUUCCACAUUGCUCUUUCAUGCACAAAAUGCUCAGGGAAACACUUUCAUCUCACCCACAUAUGGAAUAGAGUCGUAUGGGAUGAACAGAGCGCAAAGAGAUGCCUCCACGCAUGGGUCUUACUUUGGUACCCAGGUUUUGCCCUUUCACAUGCCAUCAGCUGCACCCCAGUAUUACCCUUAGUCUUAAGGCUAGAAAACCAGAAACUGAAGGAUGAUCUAUUCCGAGUAACUAAUGUUUCUACUUUAUUUCUCCUCUUGUGAAUAUGGUGUUGCGAUUGAAGAUCUGUAGAUGAGAUCAUCAAUCUUUGGCUUGACCCAAUGCUACUGUAAUCUUAUACUCCUUAUUAGGAACAGAGAUAAGGAAUGUGGUGCCUGUAAUGGCUGAAAUGUUGUAAAUUAUGCAUAUAUUUAAACACAGGCUCUGCUUUCUGCAUAUGUGCAUCUAGCAGUAUUAUCUGUGUUUUGAUUAUCUAGCAUUACUACACGUGCUUUAGCCUUUAGGAAGUACAUGUUGGGAUCAUUCCACAUGAACUAAAACUUUCAGCAAAUUAUUUCACCAUUUUUUUUACAUAAUUUUACUCGGAUAAUGGUGGAAACAUAU